AUGUCGUCUUUGAACGUUUCCGGACUUUGCUUGCAAAAGCAAAACAAACAAGAAUAUCAAGAUGAUAUUGAAGUGGAGGAUACGGUUAUAUCACCACUUGCGGAGGGCAGCUCCGAGGCAGCUUGUGUCUUCGAAGACCUCCCAUACGAAAUCACCGCGAUGAUCGUGACCAGACUUGAUCCCAUCUCUCAAAUCUGCUUCUCGCUGACCGGGUCCAACUUCCGACAAAUGUUCAAGGGCCUCGCAGCUUUUGACCAAUAUCUGCUUAGGCAUAGCGAUCGCUGCCAUCGCUCCCUUAAAUGCUACUCUGCACGCCUUUCCAUGCCUUUGAGCAUUCAAGUAUCCAAAUGCGGAUACUACAUCUACGACGUGGACUCGGGAUGUACGGGCUCCAUGCCACUUGACUAUGAUUCAGUGGAGUGGGGUCCUACCCUCGCAGAUUACCUGUGGGACGAGUCGUUUUUCUGGAGCGGUGGUUCAAAAUGGUGCCACGAAUGCUACAGAAUUUUGCCGCCCACAAGUUGGGAGCAGUGCGAGUUUGAGAAAGAGUUUUGGGACCAUGUUGAAGGUCGAUCUGUGGGGAAGGAGGAGCCUCACAAACUUAUCACCAACCUCCUUGCCCGCUCUCUUAUCCGCGGAGUUGAAAGGGGGAGCAAGGAUUACGCCGAAGUUAGUAAUCCUGCAGGGUUUCUUGAAGAGAUCCUGGCGGUCGAUGAGGCGACCGAGGCAAGAGAUGUGGACAGGGGAAGACGUGUGCGUUGGGGCUCCUUGGAAACAGGCGGAUGGAGUCGCUAUGAACGGGGUGCGGAGGCUGAACUUGGAGUCACAUGUAAGUGCGGAUUUGUGGAGGCUUGGUCAUCCCGAUGGCUGGAUGUUUGUUGUGCUGUGGAAAGAUGUUUUGCGGGAAUGUUGGCUUUCUGUAAAGGAGUAUAA